AUGCUUCUUCAAGCGUUCAAAAAGAACAAUUUCACAUUGACCAUGAAACUCGAUUGGGAGAAAACAGGACAACAUGGCGAUCUCUAUAGCUGGAACCGCUGCACAUUACCGAGAGUCAUCUCAAGAGAUCAAACUGCGAUCACGCUGGAACAGUUGUUGCAGAUUCCUGGACGGUUGGAGGAAAUCACUGAAGAAGUGAGCAGCGUAGCCAUUUACGUGUUGAGUAAUUUGGGGGCAGGUGUUCUGCUUCAGAUGGCCUUGAAGUCUAUAGAGAAAGGAUUGUAUGCGACAAAUUCCUCACAAGACGACACUCUAGAAGCAAAUAACUUAGUGCCGUGGCAUAAAGUAAAGACGAAGCAUAGGACAAAUCCAUACAAUCCGACGACAGCGAAUACUAUGGAUACCGUCAGCCACACGGGCUAUAUGUCCAAAGAGCCAGCUCGCUCGAAGUAUCAAGCCGCAAAGGGCAAAUCAAAGGAGUACAAGUACGAUCCAUCAGCACACAGCAAAUCGAUUGGCGUGACUUCGAACACGCAAGGAGGGCCGAAACGUCGCUACAAGAAAGCCCAGGUCUGUACACAUCAGUCCUGA